UGAACCUGUGAAUGAUAAACUCCCCACCAAAGCAUAUAAAAAGGGCCAGAUGAGACCAGAAGAGAUCAUUAGUUUACUCAAAGUUGAACCUUGAAACUCAUCUUUAAAUCUCAACCUUUGCAAACCCACCGUCAACACUAAAACCUUCAAAAUGUUCGCCAAGUCAAUCGUUCUUUUCAUCUUUGCCUUCAUCACCCUCGUCUCAGCCUACCCAUACCCAUACUCACGAGGUGGUUAUGGUUCAGGAUUUGGUGCUGGUUUCGGUAGCGGAUUCGGUGGUCCAGGUUUCGGUGCUGGUUACGGUGCUGGCUUCGGUGCUGGCCAAGGCUAUGGACCCAAUGGAGCUGGCUAUGGAAGCGGCUUCGGUGCUGGAUCAGGAUACGGAGGACCAGGCUAUGGAGGUGGAUCAGGUUUCGGUGCAGGAUCUGGCUCCGGUUACGGCGGUUACUAAA